AUGCGUGCGGCCGCGGAAAGUGCCUCUCACGCCUCAGCAGCAGGCGAUUCGUCGCCUGUUGCCGUGGUUCCUCCACGUGAAGAGUCACCACGUGCGUCAGGUACAUCCGUUGCGUCUGCAGCGGGUACCUCGGGUCGUAAUCAAGACGAGUCUGAGAUAGAGCUUAUCUAUUCUGGAGAGUCGGAUGAUGCAAUCCUACUCGAAGGCGACUCCUCACGCCUCGGGAUCACCCGGGGCGGACGAUGCAAAGCCAGGCUGACUGGUCAGCGCGGCAGCAUCAUGACCGAGGUCUUCGGAUCGAGUGAUUAA